AUGUGAAUUGUGUCUGGUAAUUAUGAUAUAUUUACAACUAAAACCUAAUAUUUAGUUCAGUAUAAUUAAGACUUUACCUAAAUACCGUUAACUUUGCCCAAUUACUCGUGUGAAUUGUAGUUUACUGUCUAACAAAUGGCAACGGUUCAAACACCACACAAUAGUGUGGGGAAAACCCCUAUGAAGAAGAAGAAAAAGAAGAACAACAACAAUGCACAACGCUCCCAGAAGGCCAAAAACAACUAUUGUAUGUUGUGUCGCAAGAUUCAUUUGAAAGAUGAAGCACAAGAGCAUAUGCAUGGUAUGCUGCAUCACAGAGAGCUGGAGACUGUGCUGGGAAAGGAUUCAUUUCAUGAAUGUCAGGCGUGUACGGCAUCCUCCAUGGGUUUAAAUGAGUAUGCGCAGCACAUCUCCACUGCUCAACACAAAGCCAACUUGAAGAGCUUGAUGUUUAAAAAAAUAAAGCCCCACCCUCUGUUUAAGAGUCUGAGCACAGAGACCAUGAGCCGGAUCCUGGAGAGAAACAAGACCCUAAAAAAAGAAGGAGAAGAAAGCAACCAAAAAGAAAAAAAAGAAACAGAAGCAGGUAGAUGGUCAGAAGCGUGCAGAAAUGCUACAGGGGGCCAGUAGAAUAGACACAGGCGGUGUCCAAAGUAGUGAAGGUGGACAAACCCAAACAAGUUAACAAGUGGACACUGCAACAAGGAACCUACCAGCAAGGACGAAACAAUGCUGUUGUUCAAAACAAAGAGAAUAAAGUGUCCAGUCUGCAAAGGCCUCUUCACCAAGGAGAGGCAACUCUGCAGACUCAAAGCGGAACAUUGGCUUGUUUGUCAGGAGAGCUUGCGGGUCGAACUCGGCAUUACCCUUCUGUUCGAGACCAGUGCACCCAAUCAGCUCAACAGCUGGGCUAUGAUGGCGAUAUUUAUUUCCAAAUUGAGAACUCCGAAACAGACAAACGGAAUGACUACUACAACAAGCUGUACGAUGGAGACUUCACCAGUGAUCACCUUCCUCAUAAUGGAGCCAUCAUCUUUGGUCAUGGCCAGAAUGAGAGUCCAGAAUCUUCUUCGUCGGAUGAAGAAGAAGUUUCAGCUCAACCUGAAUCCACCAACGCAGCUCCCAUACGGGAUGUCGACGUUAGUGCGAUGCUAAGGCAAAUCAGAAGAGCGCUGGGUGUGAGGGAGCCGUGUAGAGCUGACCGUGAAGCCCGGAAACAGAACACUGAGGCAGGAGUCCGGGUGGCGGAUCAUAGCACCAUGCAACAAGCUGGAGCUGAGAGAGAGCAGCGAGCAGAAGGUUCCUUUAGGAACUACGCCAAGGAACUUCACUCUGCUGCGGCGACAUCCUCACAGGUCAACAGUCCAGACCAGGCAACAUUCGAAAUGACACAAGGAAAGAGCUGUGAAAGUGACUCAAAUAGACCCGCAAUGACCCGCAAGGUUCGAAUUGCCCGCAAAUCAGCCCCAAUUCAGGGGAGGGAGCCUAACCAAAGCCGUGAUAAUAUAUUCAGCUUCUCAGUGGCCACGAGUAAGUCCAACUGGAUGGAGAUGUAUGAGGAAAAGAAAAGGAAGAAGCAGGAGAGAGGCCAAGGCAUGCCCAGGUUUGGAAUUGAGUUGGCGAACCCUCUGUCCACACAAGACAACGACAUGACUCUGUCAGAAGGCUUCCACUGGGAGUCGCUCCAGGACAGUCUUUCAGGUGCACACUGGACAGGACUACCUCUUCCGCCCCAGGACACAACAUAUUAUGACUCUUACACUGAAACACUGUCAGAUUCUCUGAUGCAGGAGCCUUUGGAGGAGCCUGGAGCAGCAGAGGAGGGCUGCAGCAGUCUGAUGGUCGAAGCCGGCUCUAUGAAGAUGAAGCCAAACUCAGAGUAUGGAGAUUUAAGAGCCGACAGUAAUGCCAGCAAGAGGAAACACAACGUGUAUGAUGGCGUUUCUGAUAAGGGUCCAAGUGGAAAAAAGAAGAAAACAAAGUCAAACAAAGACCAGGACCAAAUGGACCAGCUGUUGGCUGUGUCUCUGAGGGAGGAUGAGCUGAGCCACUCGUUGCUGGAUUUGGACAAGUCCAUGGUUCAGGCCCGCAAUACCCUGCAAGCUGCCUACACAAAAGUCCAAAGACUCCUGCUAUUGAGACAGCAGUGUACUGCUGAGGUCAACAGUCUGAGGGCCCAGCGCAUCAAAAUCCUGCAAGGGAUGAAAGGAGUAUACGCAGGAGCAUCUAAUAUAGCAGAGAAAGCCCCCACCGUAUCAGCAGGGGCUGCGGCUGCUACAGUGCAGCCAAUGCUCUCUCCCCUUCCUUCCUCGAGUGCCUUCCCCACCCCUUCCAGCCAGCAACCAUCUCCCACAAUCCCAGCACCUUCCAUUAGCCCCAUCGCUCUGCCAACCAUACCAGUAAAGCCAGGAAUCGUCCAACCACCCCCAGCUGGACAGGCCAGUCAAUCUGUCUCCUGUAACUCUGAUACACUUCAGGUUCCUGCGAACCAACCUCUGCCCUUGUUUCCCUCUGAUCUGCUCCCUUCACUGCUGCUUCCGUCACUACCCUUAGCUGCUCCUGCUACUGCUGUCACCGCCCUCAAACAAAUCCAAACAGAGGGCUCCACAUCAGAAAAUACAAAUAAUUUGCCUGAAUCAUCUGCCAGGACAGCAGGCGGUGAGUUCAGUGAGAGAAGAAGCGCAGUUAGUCGUCAGUGAUUCUGAGGAAGAGACGGGAGGAAGUCUCUGC